GGAACAAGAUGGUGCACACUUCUUCACGUCGGGUGCAGAAAACAAUGUGCGAUAAAUAACAAGCGCUUCCAGGCUUCUCCAUAUACAUGAUAAACAUUCAGUUCAUGCGCACUGCUGUGGAGCUCGUAUCUCUGCUUGUAGAUAUCUGUAUGCGAGAUGCGCCACAACUCCUGACAGCGCUACGGAGUAGCGACCAGAACGAUGCCUCAGUCAGUGACAACCCCCUAAGCGGCGUGAGGCACCCAGAGUUACUUAGAACAGCAGGGGUGACAGAUAUCAGUUGAUAACGACGAGGGAGUGAGAUGCAUCAUGGGUAGACGUGCGUCACAUCGUAUGUUCCGGGACUUCCUGUGCAGCCUCGUUAUCGGCUUUCUGACCGGAUACAUCACCAGUCACACCGUCCUCGUUGUCCUGUGGCGCCGACAGGAGGCGGCGUGCAGGUCGCCGGGGGGAUGGGGACGGCCACGCCCUCCACCCACAGAUCCCAAGCCGCUGUGUGACUCGGACAUUCCCACGGAGAGACUUGUGUUCAUCGGCGUGAUGACCGCCAGGAGGUAUCUCAAAACACGAGCUGAAGCUAUUUACAAAACAUGGGGAAAACAUGCUCCUGGCCGGCUUGUGUUUUUUGUGGGGACGGGCGAGAAUUAUGAAACAUCGCUGCCGGUGAUUGUGUUGAGCGACGUCGCCGACGACGAGUACCCGCCGCAACGGAAGUCCUUCGAGAUGCUCCGCCACAUGUCCAGCCAACACGGCCACGACUUCCACUGGUUCGUGAGACUCGACGACGACGUGUUUGUCAACACGGAACGCCUCCGGACUUUCCUCAAUUCCAUCAACAGCUCUCAACACUUGUACAUGGGGCACCCGGGUACGGGUAAGGCGGACGAGAAGGGAAAUUUAGGUCUCCAUGACGACAAGCCUUACUGUAUGGGAGGUCCGGGGGUGAUCCUGAGCGGCCCCACCCUCAGGCAAGUUGCACCCCACCUUCUGGGCUGCCUGAACGACACCGUGACGUCACAUGAGGACUCGGAGCUUGGGAGGUGUGUGGAGAAGGUGACGAGUCUGUCAUGUACAAUCGCGAGAGAGUUUGACGGCAUGUUUUCUCAAAACUACAACGAGAAGACCGGGGCUUGGACUGUAGGCUUAAAAGCUGAGAAACAAAAUGCCAUUUCCUUCCACCCCAUAAAACAACCAAUGUUCCAAUUCUCUCUGCGCAUUAUGCUGUUAGCAAGAACAGUACGCGAGAAAAUGAAAUACAUGGACGUCCUGGCUAAAGAAAAAUCUUUUAUUAAAACAUCAGGGUUCGUAUCUUUUGAUGACCCGGAAGUUAAAAACUGUUGGUCCAGCCCUUGUGACGUCGACAGUGGAGAGAUCUGGGCAUGCGUAAACGCAUACGACGUUUACUCUUUAAAUUCAGAUAAUCUCAGAACGUCCAUAUUACACAAAGGAAGAGCGUUUGGUUUAGCGGAAGCUCGUCAUGCGCUGGGACAAUUUUUGAAAAGGGAAAGAAUUCGGAAACGGCUUCGUCUUUCUCCCAUUUCCUAUCAGCGUGUAUCUCCACAAGGCGGCCUCGAACACGUGCUUAUCACGCGGAUCGUGAAGGCGAACUAUUUGCUGUUUCGGAGCCGACAAAAAUUUGACCCCAUAUAUUUUCGUGAAAUACCACCAAGGAAGAACAGGCAGGCCUGAUUUAAUUGGAAAUAAAUGAUCUCAUGUUUGUA